AUGUCGAGUUUGAAAGAAACGCUACGCGAUAUCAAACACGAGGUACUCCUCACCAUCGACGAGGACGAUCUUGCGGAGACGAAUCGGACUGCGAUCCUCGCGCGGGUGGCGAUCGCCGCGCUGAAACGCUUGGAAAUCGCGGCGAAGGAAAACGAGCGAGACGCAGGGUCUCAUGCCAUCGCGCGAAACGCGCGGAAAUCGCUGCAACGCCUCGCCAUCGCGCCGGGUGAGUCCCUUUCGACGACGGAUCCCCAUCUCAACCCCCCAGGGAAGCCAGAGGAAACGGAAAAUCGAAAGAAACCCCGACGGGAAGCCCCCAACGCGGACGAAACGCGUCAAACCGGGUGGGAUAUGGGGCAGUACGCGACGGCGAACGCCUUCGACGGGGAUGCGGCGAAGCAGGCGAAAUUUAGCCGAUUGAUGGGGGGUGCGAAGAAACGCCCCGUCGAUGGGGAUCCGUCCGAUCGUGUGGGUUCGAGCCAUCGCCCGAUUUCUUCUUCUCCCCCCCCCCCCUCGCAUCCGUUGAAUGCCACCCUCCAUCCGACGAAAGCGGCGGAUGCGCAGACGAUGAAGCGGAUUCAACACGAUUUGGAGGUUCAGUUCGACGUGUCGGUGCAUCAUAAGGGGAAAAAAGGAUUAGGAGCGUAG